UGCUACUCCUGGAAGCAGGUGCCAACAUGAUUAUCUGUUGAUGAUUGAUUGAUUGAUUCAAUGUUAUAUUAUUAUGCCGCACCUACAUAUUGGCCCAACGUGGGCCAGCGUCGGCCAAUGUGUGGAUGGCUGGUUUGCCAGCGCUGGCCUUCGUUGGCUAUCGCUCCGAUUUUUUACGAGCGGAGGCCAGCCCAACCAAGGCCAGUGCUGGCAAACCACUCAUCCACACUUCUCUACUAAUGCAUUCUGUUUCCUGCUUUGUUGUCUCAUUUGCUGUUUUUUCUGAGUGAUUGACUUGCUAUAGGCCUAAUUGCUACUAUUAAUCAGCUUUGUGAUAUUUUGUUAUUGAUUUUUAUCGUAUUCAUUCCAGUUGAUAUUUUCAAUUUCUAUCAUGGAUAUGUCGCUGGCUACCGCUGGCCUUGAUUGGGCACGCAGUGUGGACGCAGCCAUGGACCAACGCAGCCAAGCUUACCAGGCUGGGCCAGCGACUCGACCAAUAUGUGGAAGCAGGACUGAAAUUUUUAAACAGGUGCGUUUGGAAUGUGUGGUGAGUUUAUUGAAGGCAGUUGUGGCUCCACUCAGCUCAUUCAUAAUGGAGGCACUUGCUCUGAAUCACCCUUUAAUGGCCGCCAUUCGCCAACAACUGCAACUGGUUCCAAGCAAAAUGGUGCUGAAAAGUAUCAAUUCAAUGAAACCUACAACACCGACCAUGUAAGUAGAAAAAUCACAG